AGGGUACGUUAUAUAUUCUAAACGAAAUGUACUGAAUAUCGUUACCAGUCCUUCUAGUAAAACAAAAUGGCCGGGAUCAAGUUCGUGCAAGUCUGUGAUAUCUUUUCCUCCUGAUUAUCGGUUCACUGAACCUUUUGUUGGCGAUGGCGUCUCUUUCAGAACCAGAGAGCAUCAGUUCUUCUAAUCCCACAGGGAAAUUACAUGCUAGAGUUUCUGAUGAUAGCACCGUGGCACGAUCAGCGCGUAAGAAAACAGAAUCGCCAAGAUGUUCUAAACAGCAGACAGAGAAGGUAAAAGAGAAAUUCAUGUCAGCGGACCUCUUUUGUCAAAAAAUGGGAGGAAUGAUAGAAAAACAAGAUGUCCAGUCAAUUCUGGACAUACAGACUGAAACGUAAGUAUCCUGUUUCAAUCUCAUAAACAGCCCGUACUGAGUAGAGUCACAAGUUAAACAUGCAUUGUCAAUAUUUUUUUUUGACAGGUUGAGGAAAUUUGAGAAAACUAAUGCAAAAUUUGGAAGAUUCAAUGACUUAUCUUCUGCACGAUACUUAUAUCUGAAUCAGCAGCUGAAAAGUCACACUAAGAUGCUGCUGGAUAUGAAAAAAGAUUUGGACUCUGUAUUCAGAAGAAUAAGGUAAGCUUAUGUACAGCUACAUGUACUGUUUUCAAGGCGUGGGGAUUGAACACCAAGCCCCAGUUGUUCAAAUGUUGGAUAGGAUUAUCUACCAUAUAAUUAAUCAUUAUUAUUAAUUAAAAAUAUUUGUUUCUUCAUUUCUGAUUGGCUCAAAUCCCCUGGCUUAUUCUUCAUAACCAGCUAGCACUGACAAAAUUUGGUCAACGCCGGGGAAUAACUGGUCAGUUGCCAGAAAAAUGGACAGCAACAGAGAAAGCCCAGGGGACAAGGUUGCCUUGCCUUUUGGAAGAGCUGUUUCUUAUUGAGCUAUUUUGAAAAAAUAGCUCAUAUGUCAGUGGUGUGAGCGCAUGUAUCUUUGUGGCUUUGUAACUUUGUAUGUUCGGAUCUUUGUUGCAAGAGCCAAUAAGGUUGAAGGUACUAUUAGUUGAUUCUUAGGAACCAAUGAGAUCUUAGCAUCUACUUAAACAUGGCAUUGGUAAAGGUCGAACAAGGGCACUUUGAGACCGCCAUCUUGAUCCUUCACAAUUUUUUCGUCUUUUAUGACGGGUACAGGUGUUUGGAAGCAUUACAUAAAAUAUCUUCGUGAUUCAAACGCUGUGAACAGUGAUGCGACUGUUUAAGGGUUCAUAUUUAAAUGUGGAUGCUGCUUCGAGGCAUUUCUGAUCUAAUUCGGCUAUCGGUACAAUGCACGUCAGUGUGAGUUCUGUUUUACCUGCUACAACUGGGUAGAGUAUAAAAGAUCAUAUAUUUUCAAAUCUCUUCCAAUGAAGCAAUAGUUGAUAUUUAGAUAUAGACUUUUAUUCGAAAGUAUGCGCCCUAUAAAAUGUGGUUUUAGAAGUUUAAAAGGCAGCUUAUUUUUUUGAAAGCUGUAUCGAGUAUUGUUAAUCCUGUAAACAAGCUUUAAAAAUAUUAUUCUCUCGCUUACAAAGUUCAACCGACCUUUUUCGUUCUAUUUAGUAAAGAUACGUAACUUAAGUAGAAACAGUGGCGUUAGGGAAUAAAAUUGGAGGAAGCUAGUUGACACAAUAAUCAUGAUAUAAGUAGAAAUAUAUUUCGGCAGUUUGAUAAUUUUCUUGGAAGUUAAUAAAUGUUAGGCUAUCAACCUUGACCUUGCAUGAAACAUAAUUUAAUUGCAGAUGUUGUAGUAAAGCCGAGGUGAUUUCUUAAAAUCGUUUAAGAAAAUUUUGUAACAUCUUCACAUGCAAAUUGUGUGCAUGAGUUAUUUUUAUAAUUCUGUUUACUAGAUUACUGUGUGAUAACUCGAAUUCCCUCACGUACGAACGACGAAAGGGGGCAAAGUCCGACACUUUCACGUGCCAGCUGUGUGACUGUACAUCACAUGCAGAUUGGCUUUUCACAAUAAUAAUAGUAACUUGGACGUAUGAAGACCUGUUUCAUUUAGUAACCAAUGCCUUAAAAAAGGCUCUUGUCUUUUAGGAAGCAAUAGCUUUUAAAACAUGACGAAAUAAGUUGUCGGAGUUAAAGACCGUUUCACAAAAUUUUGUUAAUAAAUGUUAGGUUAUCAACCUUGACGUUGCAUGAAACAUAAUUUAAUUGCAGAUGUUAUAAUGAAGCCGAGGUGAUUUCUUAAAAUCGUUUGAGAAAAUUUUGUAGUGAAGAAUUUGCCUUUUUUUAACGUACGAAUUGUAAAAGGGCCAAAGACCAACACCUUCACGUGCAAAUUGUGUGCGUGAGUUAUUUUUAUAAUUCUGUUUACUCAGCUAGUUUACUGUGUGAUAACUCGAAUUCCCUCACGUACGAACGACGAAAGGGGGCAAAGUCCAACACUUUCACGAGCCAGCUGUGUGACUGUACAUCUCAUGCAGAUUGGCUUUUCACAAUGAUAAAUAGUAACUUGGACGUAUGAAGACCUGUUUCGUUUUGUAACCAAUGCCUUAAAAAAGGCUCUUGUCUUCUGAGAAGCAAUAGCUUUUAAAACAUGAAGAAAUAAGUUGUCGGAGUUAAAGACUGUUUCACUGAGUAGAAUCGCACGUGAAAACCUCGUGAAUUAUGAUGAUGCAACCAUCUACCACAAUGAUAAAAAUCCUGGUAUUUCGUAACUAUUCAGUAUUCGAUGAGUCACAUUUUGGCUUAAGAAACUCCGAGAAAACCUUAGAGUUUUCCUUCUAAUCAACGUUUGGUGAGUAGAAAUUUAUUUCACUUUAACGAUUUGUUUAACUUGCACCAGAUGUAACAGGGAAAGACAGAGGAAAGUGAAUAUAUAGCUUGAGGAUCGACUCAGCUGAGCAUUUCGCGUUUUCAUUUUGUACCACAAUACGCAAUUUCGCACAAAACCUAAUCUACAUUUAGGAUGAAAGAGGUAGAUUGAUCACUCUUGGUAAGGUUACACCGGAGCAUUAAAGUUACACUGAAACAUUCAAAAUAGCUCAUGCACGUUUAACGUACCUAUGUUCAUUCUUGGUUUGCAAUCACAUGACAAGGCGGCCAUGUUGGGGGUCAAUACAAUAGAGUUUUUUCUCGAAGAAUUUACAUGAAAAUAGAGUUUAGUUCCCAGAGGAGAGAAAUGCUUUUGUUCUUGACCACCAACAUGGCCGCCGUGACGUCACGUGCAAACCAGCAAUAUAAGUACAUGUAUACCACUACAAGCCCCAUCCAACAAUAAAAUUUCUAACUAUCCAGUAUCAGGGAAUUAACUGGAUAGAACAUUGUGCAGUGCAAGGCACUUUCCACUAUUUAAGCAGCUGGAGCCAGCAAAUGGGUGUUGAGAUAUUGACAGUAGGAAGUUUUACACAACCACGAUGACAAUGGCGGUGAAAACAUCCCUAACAGAAUGUACGACAUCCUUUCAAACUUCAACAUAAUUAUUACAUGUAAAGUGUAGUCAGUCUCAGGCAAAUUUUUCCUGAAGUUAAAUUUUUAGAGACUGCAUUUAAGACCAAUAAAAGAAGGAAAAAAUUGUUGUCAUCAUGGUUAACAAUACAAUCGUGAAAAGGUCUUGAAUUUUAGUAGUUGUCUUGAAAAGUCGUUGAAUUCAGUUUAGGUCCUUGAAAAGUACUUUAUUUCCUUAUUAGGUCUUGAAAACUCCUUGAAUUUCACUGCCUUGUUUAUGCCACACCAUUUUCUGUGGAAUUAUGAUUAUUUCGCUGAUGAAAAUUUGACUCGUCCAGGGUCGUCAAACAUAGCUGGCUGCUGGUGAAAAUUGCCACCUACUUGGUUAGUAUCGGCCAGCUACUCUGAUUGGCAUUUCCUAAAGGAUGGUGUUUUUUUAAAUAAAAUAUCCCUGGACUGGUCGCUUACUUUGACAACUCAGCAAUCUAUUUCAAAACUUUUUGACAACCCUGCUCAUCCUCAGUGUAAGAGCCUGUAAGAACAUUUUUGAACAUGAACAAUAUUUUAUUCUGUUUCCUUAUUUCAAAUGCUUUUUCUGUGCCUCAGAUUCAACUGCAAGUCACACCCAGUGACUGUUGUCAUUUUGCAAAGUGUUGUACAGUUACAGUUCAACCAUGGCUGAAGAAGUAAAAAAAUAAUCAUAAAUGACUCCUUUAAGUGUUUUAGCCAAUAAGGUGUUCAAAGAGCAUUAAAGAAUGCCGAUUUAUUGACUAAAUCUUAGUCUUUGAAAACUGUAAUUUUAUUGUCCUUGAAAAGUCCCUGAAAUUUGUUUGUCUGAAGUUAUACGAACCGUGGUCAUUCAUUCACAUCCACCUUAAAACGUGACAUCAGGCAAUUUCACAUCAUAGUCAUACAGUUUCGGCAAAGAAAUGUGCCAAAAGUGUGACAAACAGGCAGAGUUGUUUUCUCAUUACAUGUACAUGUAAAUGUAUUAUUUUGACAUUCUUGUUACCACUUUCAGCGCUCUGAGCUGCGACCAUUUUGGUCACCAUGGCAAGUAAAAAAAUAUAUUGGCAACUAAACUUUAAGUCGCCAAAAGGCGACUUUGAAAAAAAAUGAGCUUGGAGUACUGACUGACCAAAAUUUGUAGUUUGGUGAUGUACCCUUAUGUACCCAUCCAUGAGGCAUUGUAAAGCCACCCGAGGGUAUAGGACUGCUAGUAGUUUCUCAGGAUUGUUGUGCAAGUGAGCCUUUCAAGUUUGCAAGUGAGUGAGUGAAAAAUAUUUAUUUCCAACUGGGGGUAACUUUUGCUCACUAGGUCCAUUUAUUGGGUGGGCUCUGACUACUAAAAAACUCUCCUUUUGCAGUAAGUGAAGUGGGCAAGAUGGUUGGACAGGCUUAACAAGAUGUAAUGUAGAAAAUGUACAAGCCAGGAGAGAGGCCUACUGUACUCUUCCUAUGUGGCUUGCAAUUUAAUGUAUACCGGUGCUCACCUGCCUGACAAUCCCAAGAAAAUGCUAGUAGUUAUUGGGUGAAAGGCAUGAAUAAUUAAGAAUAAGCUAGAAUCCAAAACUUCAUGGCCAGAAGUUUUUCAUGGAGUGAUUACUUCGAGAAAUGUCUCCAUUUGAUUAGUAAAUGACUCAGGGGCAAUGUUAGUGAUAAUUAUAUACAGCACAAACUUUGUGUUGUGUCACUAAAUUUCCCGACCAACUUUCACGCUUUUAAUUGCUAUUCGAAUAUCAAACAAUAACCAAUUUGGAGGAGAUUUAAUUUCAUGAGGGAUGCUCAAGUUAAACUGAGUUUUAAGCCAAUAUAAUUAUUUUUGUCACUUGACAAUCUGAUUGGUGAAUUCAUUACCUUUAUGUCUUCACUUCUACUUACUGGUAUUUUAUUUUAUUUGUAGAAAUUUGAAAACCAAGCUGGCAAAACAGUAUGGACCUGCAUUUAAUGGUAGGUUCCUCUUACAGGCUGUAUGCAGUUUCAAUAAAAAAAAAAAUCAUUAUACAUGAAUUACUAAUAAAAUCUUCCCAGCCUAAAGGUAGGUAACCAAAUAACAGGUACAGUCGACUCUCUCUUAACGGGAAACCUUUAUAAGACAGACACCUCCCUAAAACGGACACCUAGAGUUGUUCCCUGCCUUUCUUUACUCCCUUUAUUCGACUCUCUAUAAGACGGACAAAUCUCUAAGACGGACACUUACUGCCAGUCCCAACGGUGUCCGUCUUAGAGGGAGUUGACUGUAUUUGUUUUUUUGUUUUUCCUGAAGUCAAGGUUCAUAAAUUUGAAGCAUGCACCAUGUAUGAAUCAUGCGUGAUUGUAGAGGCUUGCAAACCCAGGGGGCCCAGAUAUAUUUCUAAACUCCCUCUGAAUUUGAUAAUCAUUUGAAGAUAACACUUUUGUAAGUGAUCGGUAACCUGGAGAUGGUCCAUAUAAAUAAUAUUUAAUUGCUGUGGGUGAACAGCCUUGUCCAGCAGUAGGUGUCUUCUAAGCUUAAACAUUGAUUACAUGUAUGUUAAUACAUUAAUACUGUGUUAUACAUGUACGCUGCACAAAAAUAAUAUUAUCAUGAUGAAUAUUUUGUUGUUGAAAAUGGCAGCAACCUCAGUUGGGAUACAAAAAUUGGAGGAAGAACUUGGAGCAAGCGUGGAAAAUGAAUAUUUGAAAAGUCAAGAGAUGGAAAUUAAUAGUCAGUCCACAGAUCAAGGGCAACAUUUUAAACAACAGGGGACUGAAGAUAUCAUAGAUCAGGGGAGUGCUCAUUCUAUAGGAAAUGAAACUUUUGCUAGGAAAGAACUCCAAACCAAUGAAAAAAAUUCUACUGGCAAAGCUUUAAACUUUCAAGUAAACCAAGUCAUAAGUGGGACAGAAGACAAAGAGAAAAAUGCGGUUUCAAGGAAAGAAAGCACAAAUGAAGCAAGUCAGGCAGUAGGCACUGGUGAUGCAAUUUACCCAGUAGAUACAAGUAAUGCUGAGACAGUAGACACUGAUCAAAAAAAUCAGACAGUAGAAAUGAAAAGCAAGAAAGAGUCAGUAGAUGAUGAUGAAACAUAUCUCACAGUGGAAGCUGGUUAUAGUGUGCAGACAGUAGACAUGAGUGGUAUUUGUCAGACAGAAAUGGUAGAUGCUGACCACACAUACCUGACAGUGGACACUGGUUACAAUGUGCUGACAGUAGACAUGAGUGGCUUGCAUCAGACACAAAGCUCUGGUGACUCCUCUGAGACAGCAGACAUACCUCAGACCACAAAUGACUCAAACAACAGGACAUUGGACACAGCUGAGAGAGGAGACAGCUACGGCAGUAGUUUUAGUGUACCCAGCAUCAGUUAG